AUGAAACCAUUAGAAUGUCAAGCUGGUCAUUCGGAUACAGUCAACACAAUGGUCAUGAUCAGAUCUGGAAUGAUACUAUCCGGUGGAAAAGAUGGGCGAGUUGUUCUCACGAACACAGAUAGUGGAGAAAUCUACUCGAAAUGGAUAAAUGGGACUGAAGUCAACAAGAUUUGCUAUCGAAAUUAUGUUGCCAAUCACUCAUUUAUCGCAGCCGGAAGAAAUGGAUCGUUGACACAUUGGAUGUUGACAGGAACCAAACCAGAUGAUCCGGUUUCUGUGAUAGAGGGGCAUAAAUUCGGAGCAACGGGAUUGGUUAGUAUUGAUGAAACCCAUUUCAUCAGUGGCUCUCGAGAUUGUUCAGUAAAACUUUGGGACAUUGAGAAGAAGGAUUGUGUCAUGUCGCAAACGGUGAAUCGGAAUUUGGUGACACAUAUGGCAUACAAUAGCAAUAACAAUUUGGUGGCUCAAACUUCAGAGGAUAAGAGUGUGAGACUCUGGGACCCACGCUCUCUGGCAGUUGUCAUGGAAUUCCCACGAAAACGUCACAUCCAAAUGUACUGCGAGUUUGAUGGCGUUAACCGACUAUUCUCCUGCUCCAACGGGUUUAACCAUGAUGGGUGUGAAAUUACGUCAUACGACAUUCGAAACUCGAGAAUGUCCAAAGAGGUUCGCGGUCAUGAAGGCAAUGUGACUUCUUUGUCAUUGGUGCAACUGGAUGGAGCCAAACGAUUGCUGGUAUCAGUUUCAGCGGAUAAACAGAUAAGGCUUUGGAAAAUCGAGGAAGAUGGGAUCAAUGUCCUAAAACCCUUUUGGAACGAGGACGUGCCACUGGAAGCUGACAAUCUUCAAGUCUGCACAUAUCCGGACGGACAUAUAAUUGUGUCCGGCGGAAAGGGCCGUCUGAUCCAUUACCAAGCAAAAAUGGCUGCACAAAGAAUCAUUUUGGACGUUCAAAUGAUUCAGAAGACGUCAGGAGCAAUGUCACAAUCAACCAGCUCUCAUGUCAUUAGAUAA